CCAGUGACUCCCGAAGAGCUCGAUCGCUAUACGCUCAUCAUUGAUGAAAUCCUUGGGUCGGCCGACCUCGAGACUAUCUCGCGAAAGAAGAUUCGACAGGGCUUACAGGCUGCCCUCGGCGGGCAGGAUCUCAGCGACCAGAAGGACGCCAUCAAGCGCCUUAUUGAGGCUCGUUUUGACGCCGUUUCUGGAGCCGACAACGGCAUCGUGCCCCCCUCCUCCGUCGAACCCUACGCCACCAAUGGCGCAUCCGAUGCUGGCGAGACCGAACAGUCGGCCACUCCCGAACCCUCGCGAAAGAAGGUCAAACGAUCAUCAUCGGCUGAAGACGCAGACGCUCGCCUGGCUGCUCAGCUGCAGGCGCAGGAGAACAGCCUAGCCAGAGGACGCAAGACCCGGGGAGGAGAUAAGGCAAAGCCCACCAAGAAGAAGGCUGCACCUCGCAAGAAGAGUGCUCGGAAGGUUAAGGCCGAUGACGACAGCGACUUGGACACAGGGGACGCCGAGGUGGGCAAGAAGAGAAAGGCUGGUGGGGGUUUCCAGAAGCCCUUUAACCUGAGCACUACUCUGUCAGAGCUCGUGGGUGAAACCCAGCUGUCCCGACCCCAAGUUGUCAAGAAGCUUUGGGAACACAUCAAAGCAAACGAUCUUCAAGAUCCCAAGGACAAGCGCCAAAUUAUAUGCGACGAAAAGAUGCAGGCAGUCUUCAAGCAAGCUAGGGUGGACAUGUUCCGGAUGAACAAGGAUAUUGGAAACCACCUUUACCCGGUUGGAGAGGAGGAUAAAGGCCAGGCCAAUCUCGCCAACUCCGGCGUUUUCCUGGCCGGUGACUCUUUGGAUGUCGUACCACCCAAAGAGGCCAAUCAAGCACCUCAGUUUUGCAUCGCCCCGGCUCUCCAGCCCCGGAAGGGUGAGAUUACUCAGCCGCGGAUACGGGUAAGGGUGGCUGCACAAGCCACAACGCCCCCACGGCACCACACAACCAGAGUUCCACGGAUCUAUCCUCCCACUUCAACCACGGCGACACAUCAACCUACCACCAAGCACUGGGAACCGACCGUUAUGGCUCCACAAGCCGGAGACUCUGGUGCGGCUGCCUCUGAGCCACAGAACCAAGGCAACGCCUCUCGCAAUCGAGGACAAGGACGGGGCAAAGGCAACCAGGGUCGGCGAGGAGGCCAGCGACGUGGACGAGGCGGGAACAACGCCAACGUCCCUUCAGUGCCCGCGAACCCAGCAGCCCAAGAUGUCGCUGCCGCAGCAUCCAGAGCCCAUGCUAUGAGCGCGGGCAAGACGGCAGAAGCUGCCGACGACGAUGACGAAGGUGAAGUCUGUUUUAUCUGCGCGAACCCAGUCGCCCACCACUCGAUUGCGCCCUGCAACCACACGACAUGUCACAUCUGCGGUCUACGUAUGAGAGCCCUUUAUAAGACGAAGGACUGCGCACACUGCCGUACUCCGGCUCCCUUUGUCAUUUUCACCGACGAUGCUGAGAAGCGCUUCGAGGACUAUUCGGAAAAGGACAUCACCACAACCGACAGCAACAUCGGAAUCAAGUACACCAACGAGGAUAUCGUCGGCGACACAGUCCUCCUCCUACGAUACAACUGCCCUGACCCGUCCUGCGACUUUGCUGGCUUAGGCUGGCCCGAUCUGCACCGCCAUGUCAAGUCCGCCCACCGCAAGCGCAUGUGCGAUCUCUGCACUCGUAACAAGAGGGUAUUCACGCACGAGCACGAGCUGUUUGGGGACCGUGAGCUGGAGAAGCACAUGCGUCAUGGCGACGACAAGCCCGGCGCCGCGGACCAGACCGGUUUCAAGGGCCAUCCUCUCUGUGGCUUCUGCGGAGAACGAUUCUACGACGACGAUAAGCUACGGGACUCACGACAUCCACACUAUUAUCUCGACUACAACUCGCUCGAGGAACACUUCAAGAAGGAUCAUUUCCUAUGCAAAGAUCGGGAAUGCUUGGAAAAGAAGUUUGUCGUCUUCGAGUCGGAAAUGGACAUGCAGGCUCAUCAGCUGAGCGAGCAUGGAGGCAAGACGGCAGGGAGGGAUGCACGAGUAGUCAACAUGUCUGGAUUCGAUCUUCGAACGCCCUAUCAACAAGAGCGAGGAGGCCCAAGUGGCCGUGAUGGAGAGGGACGACGCGGUGGGCGAAGAGGUAAUAGGGGCCGUGACCCUAACGCGGAAACGGUCCCUGUGAGCUCUGCCCAGCCUUUACGACGUGACGAGAUUGCUUUCCAGCGUCAGAUGGCCAUCCAUUCGGCCCAGUCCGUGUCGAACCGAACCUUUGGGGGAACGCUGUCUGCUCCUUCACCCACACCAGCCGCUGCCUCAUCACAGCCUCGUGGCGGCAGUUCAUCAACCACGCCUCGAGGAAGCCAGACGAAUCUCGCCAACCCGAUCGAGUCGGCCACGGUCGUCGACACGGCAAAUCUCGCACCUGAAGAACGUGCCCGACUCGUUCGCCAUGGCGCCGUGGUAGAGCGAGCAGCCAACCUCCUUGGCAACGACAGCCAGCGCAUGGCGACAUUCCGUAACCACAUCUCGUCCUACCGCCAGGGCGGCCUCACGGCGCCGCAGCUCAUCGAUGCCUUUUUCACACUCUUUGCCGACACAUCGUCUAACGCUCUCGGAACGCUUGUCCGAGAGGUCGCGGAUCUGUACGAGGACAAGGCCAAGGCCGACGCCCUGCGCAAGGCUUGGCAGGACUGGCGCGCCAUCAAUGAGGACUAUCCAAGCUUGCCCGGCCUGAGCGGUAUGCACGGCGCGACGUCGAGCUCCAGCGGUUGGGCCAAUGCUGCCACCACGAACCCGGCAUUGCCCAACGCGGCGCCCUCUCAGAAACACUCGAACCGCGUGCUCAAACUCAAGAACAGCACAAGACUGGGAGGCCCUGCGCCUGUUUCGGCGGGGCCCUCGUCGUGGGCCGGUCGUCCUGCGGCGAACCCUCCAACUUCUUCCGCGUUUCCAUCUCUCCCUUCGGCCGCCAGCUCCUCCUCUUCAUCAUCCCGCCCCAACUGGACAGCCUCUUCCGCUCCUUCGUCCUCUCAGUCAACAACCCUCAACCGUCCCCGUCCAGCACCCCGUCCAACGGGCGAAGACGCCUUCCCUGCUCUACCUGCCGCACCAAAGCCCACAACCACAAUCUUUGGCUACGGCAACGGGCGUGCCGUCCGGCGUGAUUACGGACACCGCGAGACGGGCUUCCAAUGGGGCAGUGGACCGAGCACGCCCGCCACCGAGGAGCCUGCUGCUGGAGCCGAAGAGACUGGAGGCAAGGGUAAGAAGGGCGGCAAGAAGGGCAAGAAGCAGGUUUUGGUGCAAUGGGGUUGA